UCUUGGUUGAAAUUGAAGUAUAAUUUAUUUAGUAUGGUUACUGAGAGAGAGCUUAGUACUGAGCAAUUAUUUUCAUGAUUUGUAUUUUGUACCGUAUUGAAUUGUUUCACUUGCUAUAACCAUCGAUUUUGUAAUCAUGGAAAAACUAAAUCAGACUAUUUCUGAUGAAAUUGAUCUGAGUAAAUUUUUAACUCAGAGAAUUAUUCCUGAUUAUCUUGUGAAACCUAACCUUGUUUUUGAACUCAUGACCUUGGGAGAAGACUUGUCAAGUCUUGAGUCAUGCAAUGCGAGUAAUCUUAGAUCUAGCUAUCGUUCAUUAGCAGGUAAUAGUACCAAUCAAAUUAUUCAUAAUUUGUCAAGUUAUAAUGAGUCAGUCAAUUGUCUUAGAGAAAAACUUCCAAAAGUAAUGGAACUUAUUGACACUGUACAAAAUGGUGUGCAAACUGGAUAUUACAGAACUGUAAUCAGAGCUAAUGUAGUAAAAAUUGAGUCAAUAUUUAUGCAUUAUUUAAAUAGGAUGAAACAAAUUAUUGUAUUUUUACAAACUGAGAGUGAAGAAACUCUUGUCUUAACUGAAAAUUUGGAUGAGCUUUCGAAUUUUGCAAAACAUUUUAUUGAUUGUUAUAAUAGAAUUAUUGAACUACAAAGCUUGAUUGCUCCAUCUAGACCACCAUCACCGAAUCCAGCUGCUUUACUGGAACCUUUUCCUAGUCAAUCUAAAGUUGUAAUUAAUAAAAAUUUAGGAACUAGUUCAAAGGAUACUUGUGCUGUUACAUUGUGUGAACCUGGUACAAGUGGUGAGUCUACAACUGAAUUUGAAAAUAUUGGUCCAUCAAAACUCAAUCAUGGUUAUCAAGUUAAUAAUUUGAUCCCUAGACCAACUUUGGAAAUUGAUUCAAGUUUCUACAAUAAAUUGAGAAAUCCUGUAGAAAGCUUCUUGAAAAAUCUUCAGCCUUGUGAUGGAUUAAAUAUUGAUAGCUUAUUGAAAUUCUUGGAAGCUGCUAUAAAAAUUCAUGAUUUAUCAGUUAUGUCUGACACAAGCCUAUUGCAAAUUCUUGUUCCUUAUACAACUGGACCUCUAGGUGAUAAAAUAUUGUACUCUUUGAAUUCUAAUGCUAGCUUCAAACAAUUUCACCUUGACUUGUUGAAAUAUUUUAUCCCUCAGCGUCUUCUCUCAACAAUUAAGAGAGAUAAAUUUGAUAGAUUGCAAGGACCUUGUGAAGCCCUAUCAUCAUACGUGACAAGUAUCAAAGAAGCAGCGAAAUUAUUAUUAUUGGAUGAGAGUGAAGCUGAAAUUGUAAGUACAAUCAUAUCUGGUCUUAAUCCUCAAGAGAGAAGUAGGUUAGUAUUCAUGAAAAAACCUGAAUCAUUCAAUGACCUAAAUAUGCUUGCAGUUCAUUCUCAAAAUAUUGCCUUCAUUGAUAAUGAAAGAAUGCAUUUGUACAAUAAUACUUCUGUUCAAAAUCAUGCUUUUGGCAAUUCUAAUAAUAAAAAUCCCAAUAAAAAUAAUUUCAACCGUAGGAAUGAUAGUGUAUGCUACACAUGCAAUCAGAAAGGUCACAUCUCUCGUAAUUGUUAUUCAAAAAACGAGCGGCGCGGUUUUCCAAAAGACCACACCUGAUUUCUAAUGCAAGUCUAAAAAUAAAAAAGAAUUAUACUCACAAAAACCAAUUAGGAAAGAUUAAAAAAGGACUUUGUGGCGUUAUCAAUUCUAAUAAUAAUCUGCCUUUUAUUCCUGUUAGCUUUGGAAAUAGCAAAAUAACUCAGUCUGCUUUGAUUGAUACUGGUUCCUCUUACUCCUUUCUUUCAUACAACUUAUUUCAUGAGUUGACUAAAAGUAAUGAGGUGGAUUUCAAUGUAUUCAAUAAAAACUGAUUUGUUCUGCUGCUAAUUCUUCUGAUAUGACUAUAAAAAAGGCUUGUAUUAUGAAAAUCAGAUUGCAACAUAUGACUUGGAAGUUUGAAUUCCUUUUGAGUAGUGAUUUGCCAGUCAAGAUAAUACUUGGUGCUAAUUUUAUAAAAAUGUCAGAUAUGAUUAUUGAUUUACCUAAUAAUCGAUACUUCUUUUGCUUCAACCCUAGUACUACAUUCCU